AGAAUUUAAAUCUCAGUAAUGUGAAUCAGCUACCGGCAAACCACUUCACAAUGAAGUUAUCAUUAAUACUGCUGCUAAUCUUCGGACUAGCAUUCUCUAUUAAUGUAAGAGGAAGUCCUGUAAAGAGCAAACGUUCGCUACAUGACGACCUGGAUGAUUUUUUGGCACUGGUUCCCAAAGACAGAGUAGUAGAUAUAUUUUUUGAUUACUUGGAAAACGAUGAAGAAGUUCAGGCGACAAUUUUGUACUUAUCGGGUGCUGAGUUCCAUGAAUUAGUUAAGGUUAUCGAAGAAAUGGAUUACGUGAGAGCGUUAUUGAAAUAUUUAGACGAAUCUGGGCUAAAUGUUUACCGGAUUCUCAACGUGUUGCAUCAAUUCAUCGGAAUGGACCCUUUCCAAUCAUUGGAAUCAAAUAAACCGGCACUGAGACGAACUGGAGGUAUGGCUGGUUUGCUGACAGACAUUAUGGACACACUUCCGGUUGACGAAUUCAGAAAACUGUAUCACCAUAAAUUAGAAAACUCUGUUGAAUUUAAAAAUUUAGUCGAACGUCUACAGUCUGAUGAAUUUCAAGCCGUUAUCAAUGCGCUGUUUUCUAAUGAGGAGUUUAAACACAUUUUGGAAAAAGUUUCAGCAGCUGGAGUUGAUGUUGAUACUAUUCUUAGAAUUCUGUCUUUAAUGUUUGAUCUUGAAUUUCCGGUGUAUCGUAAUAUGCAGGUGAGAUCUUCACGGACUCUAAACGACGACUUAUUUGACUUUGUAGGACUUCUGCCGCUGGAGGAAAUAACAAGGGUUGUUAAUCGUUACAUACAGUAUGAUGAAGAAGUUAAAUCAGUAAUUGAAUACAUCCAGAGUGUUAAAUUUCGUGAAUUUGUUAAGUUAGUUGAAGAAAUAGAAGAUGUGAUUCUUUUCUAUGAUUAUCUACACGAAUCAGGUCUAAAUGUUUAUGAUCUUGUUAACAAAUUACAUGAAUUUAUCGGACUACCAGCACUGAUUCCACCAACAAAAUCAUUGUCAUUAAAAAGCGCCCCUACAAAUGGAGUGGCUGGUCUUAUUGCUGAAGUCAAAGCUCUUCUUCCUCUAGAAGACAUUAAAGUGAUGUAUUACAACAAAUUAGAAACAUCUGCUGAGUUCAAACAACUUGUCGAACGUCUUCAGUCACCGAAAUUCCAAAAAAUUAUUGAUACGCUUAUUGUGAACGAAGAAUUUCAAGCAAUUCUUGCAGAAGCCAAAAGCUUCGGUCUUGACGUCAAAGCUGUCGCAGAUUUACUUUCAACUGUUUUUGGUCUUGAAUUUCCAGAAAAGCGUCAUUUGCUUGUGAGACCAACACGCGCUUUACACGAUGACUUGGAUGAUUUCAUAGGGCUUUUGCCACUGGAGGAAAUAACAAUAGUCGUUUAUCGUUAUUUGCAAAAUGAUGAAGAAGUUAAAUCAGUAAUCGAUUAUGUCCAGAGUGAUGAAUUUCGUGAAUUUGUUAAGCUAAUUGAAGAAAUAGAAGAUGUGAUUCGUUUCUAUGAUUAUCUACACGAAUCAGGUCUAAAUGUUUAUGAUCUAAUUAAUAAAUUACAUGACUUUAUUGGACUGCCAGCACUGUUUCCACCAACAAAAUCAUUGUCAUUAAAAAGUGUCUCUACAUAUGGAGUAGCUGGUCUUAUUGCUGAAAUAAAAACACUUCUUCCUCUAGAAGACAUUAAAGUGAUGUACUACAAUAAAUUAGAAACAUCUGCUGAGUUCAAACAACUUGUCGAACGUCUUCAGUCACCGAAAUUCCAAGUAAUCAUUGAUACUCUUAUCGCAAAUGAAGAAUUCCAAGCCAUGCUUGCAGCAGCCAAAAACUUUGGUGUUGAUGUCAGAGCCGUCGCAGAUUUACUUUCAACUAUUUUCGGUCUCGAAUUCCCGUCAAGCCGUCUUAGUCGCAGAAGUCAAAGUGUUGAUGAACAUUUGGCGGAUUUUCUUUGGCUAUUGCCCUUUGACAAAAUCGCUAUAAUUAGCUUCCGUUACAUCUACAAUGAUCCAGAAGUUUUGCAAGCUGUUCAGUUCAUUAAAUCGCAAGAGUUCACAGAUCUAGUGAUCGAAGUUCAACAAGAUCCUGAUGUUCAGGAGCUUGCUAAUUAUGUGGAAAAUUCCGGCGGGAAUCUUCAAACUGUGUUUGACCUUAUCAAUGAUUUUUUGGGAAUAUCAUUAAAGUCAAAACACCAUUCAACUUCAUUAAGCACCAAAAAAGGCGGUGUUCAGGCCAUGUUGAAUGAAAUCCGAAAAGUAAUACCUUACAAUGAAAUUCGGGCUCUCUACGAAGAGAAAAUCCAAACUUCUGAAGAGUUCAGAUAUUUUACCGAGCGUCUUGAAGCUCCGGAAUUCCAGGCAAUAAUUGAUAAAUUAGUUGUUAAUGAAAAUUUAAUAGAAUUAGGUUAUCAAGCUGAAGCUCACGGUAUUAACAUUAAUCACAUUACCAAAUUUCUCAGCGACUUGUUUGGUUUGAAAUUCCCAAACUCAUCUCAACAUCCCAGUAAUUUUCUUAAUAAACGCGCAGUCAAAAAUCUUAACAAUGACCUGGAUGAUUUUUUUGAUCUAAUUCCAGUUGAAGAUAUAAUCGUUACUGCCGUCGAGUACGUUUUACACGACGAAGAAGUUCAGCAUGCAGUCAUAUAUCUACGUUCCGAGGAAUACAAAGCUCUUGAUCGCGCUCUCCAUGAAAUUUCAGAGUACAAAGAAAUUUUGGACGAGUUAGCUGCUGUUGGAUUCAACAUUGACCGAUGGAUCAGUGAAGUCCACAGCUUUCUCGGCAUUGAUAACUCUCAUCUCCGUUAUCAUAAUAAGUACGAAAGAAUAAACAAAUCUGGAAUUGCUGGUCUAGUUGAAUCUAUCAAAUCAUUGCUUCCUUACGAAAAAAUAAAUCACCUUUACCAUGAGAAAAUAGAAACCUCGGAGGAUUUCAAAAUGUUCGUGCAAGUCAUCAAGUCAGAGAAAUUCCAGACACUCACGAAUAAACUUUUUGACAACAAAGAAUUCCAACAUUUACUUCAUCAAGCUCAAGAGUACGGCAUUAAUCUAAUGGCUAUCUCGGACUUUUUUUUACGUGUUUUCGGAAUCACAACUCCGUCAGGAGUAAUUGGACCCUUGUAAAAAUUAUUUAAUGUAAUUAUGUAUAAAAAUAAAUGAUUAUUGUCUAGAUUAUUAUUAAAGUAA